AUGGAACUCUGUGCAAAGUUUCCUCCACUGAGGGAAAGAAGGUGUUAUGGCCUGCCCGAGAAGGAGAUUAAGGCUCUUUUUAUGGCAGUGGAGAAGUGGAUGAGGAUGAAGUGUUCUCACUAUGACCUUGCGAAUGUAGCUACUUCUGACUAUGUUCCCCCUCCUAAUCCUUCUACCACUACUGAGCAUAAAACUCUAUCUGUAUGUGAGGAUGAGUACACUAAAUUCCUUCAGUAUCAAGCAGCA